CUGAACCGCUCUUACAAGCUUCAACACGAAAAAAGGACUACUGCUUCUGUUUCGGUUCAAAUAAAUCAAACUUCAAACGAUUUGCUGUUAACUUAUAGUCCAACGAUGCUUCCCGCAGCUUUACUCGUCGACACUUCCCACUUCCCAGCUUCCUCUUCCGCUAUAAAAAGUAAUGGCCGCUUCCUCUCCCUUUACCAUACUCAGCACUGCGCUUUCUUCUUGUUGUUCCUCUCCUGCAUUCGAUCUCUCUCGUAUCUCCUUCGCUUUCCAUUUCCAUAAUCAUUCCCCAGUUCUCUCCUCCCGCGCGCGCUUCUCCACUGUCAGCCGGCCUACAGUUUCAACCAACGUCAGGUGUUUGUCAAACUCUGUGAAUCCACCAGUUGCGAUGGAGCAAGUGGUUGCUGCGUUGGAACAGGUCAAGCUGCUCACUUCAGUUAAUGAUCAACACGGAGGAGUCAUAGUGGAGCUGUCUGAACCCAUUGACCCAGGGCUCUUUGCUUCAAUGCUCAGACUUUCGAUUAGCGAAUGGAGAAAGCUGGGUAAGAAGGGGGUAUGGAUCAAACUUCCAAUUGAACUUUGCAGUCUUGUUGAAGUUGCAGUAAGGGUAAACUGGAUAUCAUUCCAUGAUCCCGUCAUAAUGACUGAAAAGUUGCGAUAUAAUAGAGUAGUAGAAGUUGUCCUGGAUAUGCUUUAUGGAUUACUAACCGAGAAUCUGUUGUUCAAUGAGCAGGAAGGAUUCUGGUACCAUCAUGCAGAGCCAACAUACUUGAUGCUUGUCAGUUGGCUCCCUGGAGGUGUUCACCCUCUUCCACCAAAUGCCAGCCAUAGAGUCAGCGUAGGUGCAUUUGUGAUGAAUGAGAAUAGAGAGGUGCUAGUAGUCCAAGAGAACAGUGGAGUAUUUCGAGGAACAGGAAUCUGGAAGUUCCCUACUGGCGUUGUUGAAGAGGGAGAGGACCUCUGCACAGCUGUUGUAAGGGAAGUCAAAGAGGAAACAGCUAUCGACGCAGAAUUCAUGGAGAUUUUGGCUUUCAGGCAAUCUCACAAGGCAUACUUCGAGAAGUCGGAUUUGUUCUUCCUGUGUAUGCUGCGGCCCAUCUCUUUUGACGUCCAGAGGCAGGAAGCAGAGAUAGAGGCAGCAAAGUGGAUGCCCUGGGACGAAUAUGUGGCUCAGCCAUUCGUACAAAAUACUGGAUUUGUGAAGCACAUCAGUGACAUAUGUUUGGCAAAGGUUGACGGGGACUACACUGGGUUCUCCGCGAUCCCCACUUCUUCUGGUGGUCAAAUGGGCUGUGUGUACCAGAAUGCACAAGGCUUGAGAAGGUAGUACUGAGGAGUCCUUUGAGAAGGAAGAAAGAUGUCAAACUUUAGUGGUUCUACUUUAUAGAAGAUGCAGUAUUGCUUGUUGAUUGAGAGUUAUUCAUUUCGCAAUAAGUUAAUUUCAUUCUAGUUUGAAGCAGGCAGAGGGGAGAGGAUUAUGUCAUUAUAGUUUUCACUUUUCAGGAUCAUUGCAGGUUAGUGAAGGAAGAUGGAAAAGAAAAUUUGCAUUUUAGUUUGUAAGGUUGCUGCUUAUUGAUGGUUAGAUUCCGUUUAAAAUGAAAAAAAAUGGCCCAUACAGGAUCUCGAACCUGUGACCUUCGCGUUAUUAGCACGACGCUCUAACCAGCUGAGCUAAUAGGCCAAUGGAUAAUAAAGAUGUAGCUGAGCAUUAAUUCCUUUGUAAGUAAUUGUUUACAACUUCAACAAUUUUCACUGAU